AUGGCCGUCAAUUAUCAUGAGCUCUUCAAUGACUCCAAGACCUUCGUCGAUAUGCCUAUGAGAUAUGAUCCAGACUACGUUUUGAGGCAGUUCAACAAUGAAUUCUCCAAUGUUUCCAUAGAAAACAUCAACAGAACAAAACUGAAAGUGUUCAUCAAUGAACAUUUCAGGUCACAUACCACUUUUAGUCCGGCUGGAAGUGAAAUGAUGUCGUGCACACCAAUGGAUUGGCAUCCGCAACCAGCAAAACUGAUGACUAUAGCUGAUCCCCAGCUGAGGGAAUGGGCACUGAAAUUGAAUGCUAUUUGGCUAACUCUAUGUCGAAAGAUCGAUCCAGACAUCGAGCGUGACAAUGCACGUCACUCGAUCAUUUAUCUGCCAAACAACUUCAUUAUGCCGGGUGGACGAUUCAGAGAAUUCUACUAUUGGGAUGCUUACUGGAUUAUCAAGGGGUUGGUCGCGUGCGAAAUGUACGACACGACAAGGUCGAUGAUUGAAAAUCUGGGAUCAGUGGUGGAAAGGUAUGGCUUCAUUCCAAAUGGUGGACGUGUUUACUAUUUACAACGAUCUCAUCCACCUUUGUUGGCCGGAAUGCUUUAUGAGUACUACGAAGCUACAAAAGAUAAAGACUUUAUGAGAAGUAUGCUGUCCACACUUGAAAGAGAACUGCAGUUCUGGGAGAACAAUCGGAAGGUCAAUGUUACCGUGGAUGGCGAAACCUACUCGGUUUUCCGAUACAAAACGAAUAGCAAUAUGCCACGACCUGAAUCCUUCCUUGUGGACAUCAUAAAAGCACAAAAUCUCCCGGACAAAACACGAUUUUGGCAGAACGUUGCCAGUGCAGCUGAGUCCGGAUGGGACUUUUCCACGAGAUGGUUCGGGGACAAACGUACCAUCUACAGCAUAGAAACAACAAGUGUAAGCGAGUCAUCAGCUUCUUUCUCGUUUUUUAUGGGAACCUCUUGUAACCAAGUGAAAUCCGAGUUCUAUCGAGAAGUCCGAGCGAAGUUCCGUAAUACAGUGCACAAGGUUUUCUAUAACCACACAGCAGGCACUUGGUUCGACUAUAAUCUCCGAACAGGAGCACACAAUGCAGAAUUCUAUCCUUCAAUUACGGUACCCCUUUUCACAGGAUGCUAUAAUACAUUGAACCAGGGAAAAUCGGAACGGCUGUUCUCUUUGAUGAAAAGCUUGGGUGUACUGGAAUAUCCAGGCGGUGUUCCUACAUCAAUGAUGCACGAUAGUGACGAACAGUGGGAUUUCCCAAAUGGAUUCAGUCCAUUGAAUCAUAUGAUCGUCGAAGGAUUACGGAAGAGUCAAAAUGCUCAGAUGCAAGAUGCGGUACGUAUCCUUUUUCAUGUAAGACUAGGUGAAGUACAUGACAGGGCGCUACAAGCUCUCACGUUGCAAAACGCCAUGGAACAGAAGAUCCCUUUGGAAAACUGGCCGUCUCUGGCCCCAACUGAAUUCAUUUUAUCUUUCGGGGUCUACAAAUUAUACUUCACAGACGAUUGUCUCCUUUGUUAUUGGAUUGCAAAGUAG